GGGUUUGAGAGAGGAAGAAGAAGAGAGAAGAGAGAAAGACAAAGAAUAAGAAGAUGAAAGAAGAAGGAUGAGCAGGGAAAGGUAGGAGGAAAGGAGGAAGAAGAUGAAGUUUGAGAGAGAACCUAGAUCUGAGUUUGCAGAGGUAGGGGGAAAAGGAAAGUAUUGCCUGAGAUUUGUUGGUUUUUCAAGUGCACUGUCAGUUAUUUGUUCCAUACAAACAUGAAGAGAAAAAAAAAAAAAGGAAGAUGAAAAGUUUUGAAUUGACAGAAUUGGGAAAAAAAGGUAAUAUGAAUUUUUUUUUUUAAUUUGGUUUAAUUUUUGAGAUGUGUGUUUUAUUUGUUUAUUUAUUUAGACUCUCCAUCAUGGUUAGCCUUGUCUAAUUGGCUAUUGAAGAUAUGUAUAUUCAAUGUUACUCUGCAAAAUAUGGUUAAAAUCUGUCACACCAAGAUUCUGAUGCCAUUGUCAUCUUCCUAUAAGCUCAGGGAAUAUCCGUCCUUAAAUGGUUUACUCUAUAUUUCGUAUUUGUGCUGAAGGAAUUUGAAUUUGAAGACAAGGAUCAGGGUUUAUGAUGUUAGACCGAUCCAAUUUGGUAACGAAGUGCUCUUCUUCAGGACAUCCUGUUGCCAAAUUUUUUUAAGUUUGGUAAGUCUUAUUCUGAUGAUGUUGGAGUUCCCAAGGCUUAUCUGGUUGUAUCGUCAGAUUACUUUGCUACGUCUGAAGAGAUUGCAGCACUUUCAGCUAUAACGUGGCAAAGGUUGCACUGCAGCUUAUCCAACCGUGGAUUUAAUGAAUGUUGAUUUGGAUGAUGACAUACAUAUAAUCAACUGUAUAAGAUUGUGAGUUCCUUUUGUCCUUACUUAAGUUCAUUUGUUAUAGAUUUAUCUGUUACUA